GCCUGCGCUCUGCUUUCCUCUCCUAACUAAAGCGGGAGGAGGCAGCAAAGGCGGAAGCGAUCUUCUCCCGUUGCCGGGCCUGGAGGGGCGGGGCAAAGAUACGGUCACGUGCUUUGCCGCACGUCGGUCUUCCCCGUCUUCCUCUCGCCUCCCGCCUGGUAGGCGCCUGCGGAAAGGGGGCGGGGCAAAGGGAGGAAAAAAUUAAUCAUGAGGCAGUUGGAGAAGUUGUCGGCUGAGGAGACGUUGCAGUUCCUCCAUAAAGUAGUUGAUGGAGUGUGUGGCCGUGCAUAUCCUCGCUACCAAGACUACAACACAGUUUGGAAUUUGACGGAAUGGAUGGAAGUUUUAGAGCAAGCUGCCACAUAUUUUAAAUCCACGGUUGGGAAAGAUCUCUCUGAUGAAGAGGCUCUUCAGCAGUUGAGUGACCUGAGUUCUGAUUCUCAAAAAACAGUAGUGACUUGCUUGAAAGGGAGAAAGCCGGAUAUCAGGCAGGCGCUGGUUGAGAGAACAAAUGCCAUCUCUUCUGCACAGCUACAGGAUUUUGACUGGCAACUAAAGCUUGCCCUAUCUAGCGAUAAGCUCUCAAUGCUGCAAAUGCCGCUUCUGAACCUCGAUCUGGAUGUGUUGGAGAAUGGUGACAUGAAGCAGUAUUCUGUAGAAAUGAAUAAGGAGGAGCUACAAAACCUGCUCAGUGCAUUGGAAGCUGCUAAUAAAGUUGUCUUGCAGCUGAAAUGAUUUGAACUGUCUGGAACGCUUGUCGGUGAUGAAGAAAUUGGCCUAUAUUCCACAAAAGUCCAAGGCUUUGUGCUUUUGAAGUUUAUACAGAAAGGCGAUGGGAGACCAUGAACUCUAUCAAACUCUUGCUGAGAGUCUCACUCCUGAUCUACACAGAACCAAAACAAACAAACACAUUAAAACUAAUUUAUAGCAAAUGAAAAGGAACACAGCUUUGGUACUUUGCUGCAGCAUCUAUAAAACGUCACCAGUGCCAAGUUACAAGCUCAUUGGAGACCCUGGAGAUAUAUUGGCCUUUGCCUUCCUGCACCACUAGCAAGCAGCAGCAGGUUACCUCCUCAGUGUGGACAUCCCUUGUCUGCUUUGUUCAGCAUUCAUGGAUCAGCACUGAAAAACAUUUUUCAUAGGCAAAAUCAAUAAACUGCAUAAGAAAUGUGUUUCUUUGUCCAAAGUGAGCUCUUGUGCUAAACGCUAUCAAAUACGUCUUCGGUUAAUUGUGUCAGAUUGAAAAUGGCGAACUGCAGAGGGAUUCCAGAGCCAAGCAGACUUGACGGCCACAAAAUGGGACUUCACGUGGGGGAUGAAUCCUGAAAGAAUAAAUAGUUGUCUUUAUAGCAAGAAAGAGCUUGGCCAUCCAAAGUUUUAAAGAUUAGUAAAAAUGCUUACUGAAUUGAAUAUAAUAACUUUGUCAGAGCUUGUGUGUGCAUAUCAUUUAUAAAGUAUUCUGCCAUCGCCAUUAGGCAGUUGUAAGCAUCCCACCCCUUUUUGCCUUGAGAUGGGCCUCUUCAUUUCCACACAACCUGUGUGUGAGGUGGGUUUUUAAAAAUUAAUGUGAGGGUGUCUCAUGGACUGAAGAGGAAGCAAAAUCAUCCUUAGAGAUCUGAAGCCCCACAUAACUUUAGCGCUGCUGAUAACUAUCAAAAUAAUUCUUUGCAGAGAAUCUUAAGUUGGCAUACAGUGUAAGCCCAUAUUAGCCAACAACAGAUCUUCAUUUGUAUUAUAAUUUGUGUGCAUUUAUAACUUUAAGAAAAGCAUUCAAGAGAAAUACACAAA